AAUUUGUAAAUGGGAGAUCAGAUCCAACAUUUUCAAAUUAUUUUAGAGCGGCUUUUUCUGCCACGUGGCGACACAUCGCAAUUCGACCGUUGGGCAGUCUUCAUUCAUAGCUCUCCCUUUUGACCGUUCUCUUCUUCCUUCGUCCGCUUCAAGCUCUCUCUGCAAACCCUCUUUCUCUCUCUUUACCAGACCAGUUAAUCUCUCAAUGGCCAUUUCUUCAGAGAAUCAACCUCAAGAGAAGACAUCUACGGAGGUUUCUGCUGGAGAGAAAAAAAGAUGGACUUUGAACGAUUUCGACAUUGGGAAGCCUCUCGGGCGAGGAAAGUUUGGGCACGUUUAUUUGGCCAGGGAAAAGAGGAGUAACCAUAUCGUGGCGCUAAAAGUGCUUUUUAAGAGCCAGUUGCAGCAGUCUCAAGUUGAGCAUCAGCUUCGGCGAGAAGUUGAAAUACAGAGUCAUCUUCGUCAUCCCAAUAUCUUACGUCUCUAUGGCUACUUUUAUGACCAGAAACGAGUUUAUCUGAUACUGGAAUACGCAGCCAAGGGUGAAUUGUACAAAGAAUUACAGAAGUGCAAAUACUUUAGUGAACGACGUGCGGCUACUUAUGUUGCAUCACUGGCCCGGGCUCUCAUAUAUUGUCAUGGAAAGCAUGUAAUUCACAGAGAUAUCAAACCCGAGAAUCUUUUAAUUGGUGCACAGGGUGAGCUAAAGAUAGCAGAUUUUGGAUGGUCAGUGCAUACAUUUAACCGCAGGCGAACCAUGUGUGGCACACUGGAUUACCUUCCUCCCGAGAUGGUUGAAAGCGUAGAGCAUGAUGCUAGUGUGGAUAUCUGGAGCCUUGGUAUCUUGUGCUAUGAGUUUCUUUAUGGGGUUCCUCCUUUUGAGGCUAAAGAACACUCAGAUACAUAUAGAAGGAUUGUCCAAGUGGAUCUCAAGUUUCCUCCCAAGCCAAUUGUAUCUUCUGCUGCAAAGGACCUGAUUAGUCAGAUGCUUGUCAAGGAUUCAUCAGAGCGCUUGCCUCUCCACAAGCUUUUAGAACAUCCUUGGAUUGUUCAAAAUGCUGAACCAUCUGGAAUAUACAAGUACUAAUUUGUGUUUUAGAUAAUAUUUUUACGUCCCAAAUUCUAGGGCAGCAGUUCCAAGUGGCAGUUCUUACUGAGCAAUCUGACCCACCCAUUUGAAUUUGCCUGUCAUUCUUUGUAUGAAUGAGUGAAAAAAUAACUGGUCAUAAUAUUAGUUCUUUGUAAUAAUUUUGUACUUUGUUUGCGAGCACAUGAUGCAAUUUAAUUUCCAAAGUUUGUUCAUUUAA